UCGACGGAAUCACACAGCGGAAAGACCAGAGGAAGAUAAAGAGCAACUUUGUGUUAAAGAAACAACACAAUUUGCAGGACGAGCAGGUGACCUUGGUACUCGGCAUCAUGGCUCCUUUCUUGAGGAUCGCCUUCAACUCGUACGACUUGGGCGUCAUGCCUUCUCUGGUUGACCCACCUUUCUGUGCAAUCAAGAUGAAGGAGGCUUUGACAACUGAACGAGGUAAGACCCUGGUUCAGCGCAAACCCACCAUGUACCCGGCAUGGAAGGCCAGUUUUGAUGCGCAUAUCUACGAGGGUCGUGUGCUAGAGGUACUGCUGAUGAAGACAGCAGAGGAGCCGCUGGCUGAGGUCACUGUUGGAGUGUCUGUCCUUGCUGAGCGCUGCAAGAAAGCCAACGGGCGUGCUGAGUUCUGGGUGGAUCUCCAUCCUUCUGGGAAAGUGAUGAUGGCUGUGCAGUAUUUUCUGGAGGGAUCGGAUACAGAAAGUAAGCAAGCUGCCAAGGAGGAAGAGGAGGGUCCUACCCUGAACCGUAGACGAGGGGCCAUCAAGCAGGCCAAGAUCCACUUCAUAAAGAACCACGAGUUCAUCGCCACGUUUUUCAGGCAGCCCACUUUCUGCUCCGUGUGCAGAGAAUUUGUCUGGGGACUCAACAAGCAAGGCUAUAAAUGCAGACAAUGCAAUGCAGCCAUCCACAAGAAAUGCAUCGACAAAAUCAUUGGCAGAUGUACCGGUACUGCUGCCAACAGUCGCGAUACAGUGUUCCAGAAGGAGCGCUUUAAAAUUGACAUGCCACACCGUUUCAAGACCCACAACUACAUGAGUCCAACCUUCUGCGACCACUGUGGAAGUCUGCUGUGGGGUCUUGUCAAACAAGGACUGAAGUGUGAAGAUUGUGCCAUGAAUGUCCAUCACAAGUGUCAGGAUAAAGUAGCCAACCUUUGUGGCAUCAACCAGAAACUACUAGCUGAAGCGCUCACACAAGUCAGCCAGAAAUCGUCCACCCGCCGCUCAGAUCCAAACCUAGCUGAACUGCCUGAUAUUGGAAUCUAUGAUGAAGUUAGCAAGCUUGCUGGACUGGAAAUCAAUGAUGGAUCUCCGUAUGGCAAACUGUGGGAGGGGGCCAACUCACGGCCUCGUAUCACCCAUUUGACCCGCAUCAACGUGGACAACUUCAUCUUCCAGAAGGUCUUGGGAAAAGGCAGCUUUGGCAAGGUUCUCCUGGCAGAGCUGAAGGGUCGUGGUGAGUACUUUGCAGUGAAGGCUUUGAAGAAAGAUGUAGUGCUGAUGGAUGACGAUGUGGAGUGCACUAUGGUAGAGAAGAGGGUCUUGGCUUUGGCCUGGGAAAACCCCUUCCUCACACACCUUUACUCCACCUUCCAUACCAAGGAGCAUCUGUUCUUUGUGAUGGAGUAUCUGAACGGAGGAGACCUGAUGUUUCAUAUUCAGGAGAAAGGGCGCUUUGAACUUUACAGAGCCAUGUUCUACUCUGCUGAGAUCAUUUGUGGCCUUCAGUUCUUACAUACCAAAGGGAUCAUCUACAGAGAUCUUAAGUUAGACAAUGUGAUGCUGGAUCAUGAGGGGCACAUAAAGAUAGCUGACUUUGGCAUGUGCAAGGAGAACGUGUUUGGAGAGAAUCGUGCCACAACUUUCUGCGGUACUCCUGACUAUAUCGCUCCAGAGAUCCUGCUGGGUCAGAAAUACUCAUUCUCCGUUGACUGGUGGUCAUUUGGGGUUUUGCUGUACGAAAUGCUGAUUGGUCAGUCACCUUUCCAUGGAGAUGAUGAGGAUGAACUAUUUGAGUCCAUCCGCAUGGAUAAUCCCCACUAUCCUCGCUGGAUCAACAAGGAGGCCAAGGACCUGCUCGAGCGAUUGUUUGAGAGAGACCCCACUCGCAGGCUGGGUAUUGUGGGUAAUAUUCGUUUGCACCCGUUCUUCAACACCAUCAACUGGCAAGCCUUGGAGAAGAGAGAGAUUGAACCCCCCUUCAAACCCAAAGUGAAAGCAGCGAAUGAUUGCAGCAACUUUGACCGGGAGUUCCUCAGUGAGAAGCCUCGUCUCUCCUACAGCGAUAAGAACUUCAUAGACUCCAUGGAUCAGGCGGCAUUCGCUGGCUUUUCAUUCAUCAACCCUAAGAUGGAGCAGCUUUUAGAAAAGUGACUGUUGUGAUGACAUCCAGACCGUGGUUACAUCUCUACUACUUACGGACAGUUUUCUUAUUCUGUCAAAAUCCUCAAAAUUACAAAAGAGUGAGCUGUUCCACCAUCAGUAUUUGUGUGUCCUCAUUUCAAGCAGAAACUGUUCUCCUUGGGUACGUGUAUAAAUGAUAAAAGUAGAAAGGGCCCAUGUACUGUUCAUAUUGACGUCAUUGUGUUUGUGUGCAUGCUUGUUAUUUGUUUAGGUUGUUAAGGCCAAUAUGAGUAAUAAUAAUAAUAGGGCAGGACGUUAAAAAUUCUUACAUUCCACUUGACGUCACCGCUACCAUCUGCAGCAAAAAAAACAAAAAAAAGUCUCUUUUUGUAAUAUUCAGUUUAACCCAACUGGGGUUGAAAAAGUAUAAAUAAAAAAAGAAAACUAUAGGAAUAAAUUAUACUGUAUACUUAACAUGUGUGUGAAUGAGUUGACUGCAUGUAUAGAAAUAUCAGACUAACAUAAACCUAUCUAUCUUUAAAUAUAGAUAAAUAAUGAAUGUUAUCUGUCUUUGAAACAUCAUAAUUAAUGCAUUUGGAUGAAUCAUGUCUUGCUGACAAAGAAACAAGUUGUAAAGAACAAGUUUUCACAGAGAAACAGCUCGUCUGAGCUGAGCUGAAAGGUCCUGUCUGUGUACAGGGGAUACAGUCGAUGCAAAAGGUCACUGAAAUGCUGUAUAUAAACAAUAUUUAUGUAUAUUGUUGUAAUGUGUAUAUUGGUAAGCGAAAGAUGUACUUUUUUUACUGUCUCCAUCUUUUACAUCUGACUAAAAAACCAUCAACUCCCAAGUGUGGUGUGCUAUUUUUAAAAACAUCUGCAGUUUUCAUAGUUCUCAUAAUAUGAAAGAUUAGGUCCUUUAAAAAAAAAAGGAAACUUCAGAGGGUUUAGUCAGAUCAGGGUUUUAUCUAUGUGUUAAAUGAUGAAAGGUAACUAGUUAAGUUAAUGUUAUAUGCUAAUGUUGUAUUUUAGUAUUUCCAUAUGAUUGUCAUUUUGGUAUAAUUUAUGCCAAUGUAUUUUUCUGUUGUCAAUAUUUUAAUUGUCUCACUUUCCAAAGAUAAACAAAACGAAAGACAACUUUGUUCCAUGAAGAUCAAUAAAAGCUAUAGAAGAUAGCUUGGCACUUUCUGUUUGGGUAGAAUACACUUUGUUACCUUCUUAGUGACAUCCUCAAACCUCAAUAAACUUAAUAAGCAAAUUGUUCAUAAAGUGAUGCAG